CACGCUCUUGAAUUCUGCGUACGUCCUCCACCAUCUACCACCACCGGGUAGCUUGCUCUAUUUAUGCUUUUUAGUGAAACCUAUGGCGGCGCAGAAGAAAACAUGCGCGAGAAAAGCAUCUUGGCUAGCGUUUGGCUUGGUCGCAUUAGCUGCCGUGAACUCGUAUGCACAAGAAUCAACCACUGAGGUAGCAUCCCAGAGUGGACCUGAGGUUGCUCAGCACACGCCACUACAAGGAGGGACAACAGCAAGCGACAAUAUACCCUCGACAGUGUCAGAUACACAGAAGCAUGAUGAGCAGGCAGCAGAAGCUUUUAGAGCAUACAAACAAGCUCUGUACACUCUGUCCACUUUGACAGCCCAUCCACCAGCAUAUACAUACGAUGCCACAGCUCAUGCCUCAAAUUCAAAGUCGCUACUCUCUUUCAUCCCCACUCUCCAGGGAAGGGGACCUAUCGGCAGCAUAUAUCGCAUCAUUUACAAAAUUCAGCAAAAACUUGGAUCCCACAAGGAACAAACAACUCCCAAACGACAAACGGAAGAUGUACACCCCAAAGCUAUCAAGGUCGUAGAUUUAUUGCAACAUUCUGCGGAACUAGGGAAUAUGGACGCGCUAUUUACCUACGCAAAGAUAUCUUUGUUUCCUCCAACUCCUCAUUUCAUAGCUGACCCACACAUUGCGUUCAAAUCUUUCUCCGCACAUGCAGCAACAACCGGGAACGCGACAUCUCAAAGUUAUCUAGCUUUCUUCUACGCUACUGGUUAUCAUGGUGUUGUACAAGUCAAUCCGUCUAUGGCACAGCUAUAUUACACCUUUGCUGCGAAUGGGGGCGAUAAAGGUGCUCAGAUGGCGCUAGGAUAUCGUUAUUGGAGCGGGAUUGGAACUUUGGAGGACUGCAAAAGAGCUGUAGAUUGGUACGAGCAUGCCGCCGAGCACUCGAUGGCCAAGUUCCUCUCGGGACCGCCGGGUGGAAGAACCCUGCCUCAAACGCACACUCGAUUGUCUGAUCUCGACGGCGGAAUCUACGGAUAUGGAGCCAGUGUAGCCUCAACGGGUAUGAAUGUUAAUCGAGCCGCUAUUAAGGCGGGCGCUUCGCGAGCAUCUGGUGAAACUUGGGAAGAUAUUCUCGACUACUACCUGUUCAAUGCAGACCGAGGUGAAACAGACUUUGCCCUCCGUUUAGGAAAGAUAUACUACCAAGGUAGUAUCUAUGCUUCACCAGGAGGAAUUGGUUCUGGAAGUGAAGGUGUCGGAGCUAUCCCGCGAGAUUUUGCACGAGCAAAACACUAUUUUGAACAGAUCGCCCGCCAAGUUUGGCCGCGCGAUCCUAGCAACCCACUUCAGCACAAAGCGGCAGCUGUCCAAAGGGACGAGAACUUGCCAGUAGGACACGCAGCAGCCAGUGCUGCAUAUCUUGGUCGAAUGUAUUUGCGAGGCGAAGGAGUCAAAGCGGAUCCUAUAAUUGCGAAGCUCUGGUUUGAACGAGGUGAAGUUUACGGUGAUCGAGAAUGUCAUAAUGGUCUUGGUAUAAUUUGGCGGGAUGGAUUAAUACCUGGUCUCAAACCCAACUUAAAAAAGGCUAUGUAUCAUUUCAUGGCAGCGGCGAAUCAAGACCUCGCGGAAGCUCAGGUCAACAUUGCUAAAAUUCAUCUCGCGCAAGGCGAUAUAGUCUCUGCUACCACGUAUCUCGAAGCUGCUGUUCGCCUUGGCUCUCCCUUUGAAGCGUACUACUAUCUUGGCCAGAUCCAUGCAAGUCAAACGACUAACCCCAUGGUGCCUUCAAAUAUCGCAUCGUCUUCCUGUGCCAUGGGAGUUUCGUUCUACAAAAUCAUAGCAGAGCGAGGUUCUUGGGACGAUGAUUUUCUGAGGGAAGCAGAGGUUGCCUGGGCACGAGGUACCGACGAAAGCAAGGAGAUUGCUAUCCUCAAGUGGUGGCUAGCUGCUGAACGAGGAUCCGAAAUUGCACAAAAUAAUCUGGGAUAUAUUUUAGACCAAGAUAAAAGCAUCUUACGGUUUACGCGCUUUUCUCCAAUGACGCCCUCUAACGAUACUGCUUUGCUUGCUCUUACACAAUGGACCCGUGCCGCCGCACAACGCAAUAUUGAUGCUCUGGUUAAAGUGGGAGACUACUAUUAUCAUGGCUUGGGCGUUCCAGAUGAGAAGGAAUCUUUCCGUUACGAGAAGGCAGCCAAAUAUUAUCAGUCAGCAGCCGAUACUCAAAUGAGUGCGUUAGCGAUGUGGAACUUGGGAUGGAUGUAUGAGAAUGGCGUUGGCGUUCCUCAGGAUUUUCACCUUGCCAAAAGACACUAUGAUUUAGCAGCACAAACGAACUCAGAAGCUUACCUGCCGGUUUUUUUCUCCUUGGCAAAAUUAUAUGUCCGCAGUAUAUGGCAUACUAUAUUAGGUGGAAAAGGUGGUCUUAACAUCUGGUUCGAUGAAGAUGACUCAGAAAUUCAAUCGGAGUACAUUGAUAGAGUACCUGAACGGGAGUUGGAAAGCGUGUCCGAUCAACCAUCAUCAACCGAAGAGCAAAUCUUCUAUGAUGACGAGGGCCCAUGGUAUUUGGGAAAAGCUCGCGAUGAGUUUCAUCGUAGGCGUAACAGCCAGUCUCGCGUGGAAGAAGAAGACGACCCAAUUCAAUGGGCUCGGGACCGUCGAAACGCAGAGGCACGAGAGGCUGAAUAUGGAGGGGAGGACUAUUUGGAUGCAGGCUUACGGCCAGAUGAAGACGACGACGACGAGUAUUCGGAGACUAUGCUCUUGGUCAUGCUUUGUGUGACAGUGUCUGUAUUGAUCUAUGUGCGAACUCGGAUAGUGCGGAGGAUGCGUCAUGAUCAGCAGCAACGACAACAACAACAACAACAACAACAAGAGGAAGCGGUCCCCGAAGCUCCAGCGGGGAAUGGAAUGUUUCCAGCUCCCGGGGAUCCCGCUAGGGAUGAGUGGGCAAUGUUAAGGUGAUAUAUAUAUUGUAUAGAGUAUGUACCGGAGCUCAGAACAAAUGACAUGAAGUAUAGCUUGCACGAAGAUUUUCGGGUAUGUAAUCAGCGAAGUGUACA